CCCGCGUGGCUUCCGUUCCCGUUGUGUGAGGGGCCGAAUCCCAAACGGCCUCCGCGCUGCUCCCGCCGCCGCCGGGGUCUGGAGCCGGGCCUGGGGGCGCGGCCCGUGCUGCGGCCUCCCCCGCUCCCCUCCGGCCUCGCUGCGCCCCGGCUGGCCGCGCCUCUCCCCUCCCCGGCCCACUUCGCCUUCCCGCUCCCUUCAGCCGGGCCCAUCGCUCCCCUCCGAGCCCACCCGGGUUUCCCCCUCAGCCAAGCCCGCUGCUCCUCUCAGCCCCGCCGCUACUGGGGGCCCCCUCGGCCGAGCCAUGUCGCUGCACGGGAAGCGGAAGGAGAUCUACAAAUAUGAGGCGCCCUGGACCGUGUACGCCAUGAACUGGAGCGUCCGGCCGGACAAGCGGUUCCGUCUGGCGCUGGGCAGCUUCGUGGAGGAGUACAACAACAAGGUGCAGCUUGUCGGUUUGGAUGAAGAGAGCUCAGAGUUCAUUUGCAGGAACACCUUUGAUCACCCCUACCCUACCACAAAGCUCAUGUGGAUCCCGGACACCAAGGGAGUGUAUCCAGACCUGUUGGCGACCAGCGGCGACUAUCUGCGCGUGUGGAGGGUGGGUGAAACAGAGACCCGGCUGGAGUGCUUGCUGAACAAUAACAAGAACUCUGAUUUCUGUGCUCCCCUAACAUCAUUUGACUGGAAUGAAGUGGAUCCUUACCUUCUAGGUACCUCUAGUAUCGACACAACCUGCACUAUUUGGGGUCUGGAGACGGGCCAGGUUCUGGGCAGGGUAAACCUGGUCUCUGGCCAUGUGAAGACCCAGCUCAUUGCGCAUGACAAAGAGGUGUACGACAUCGCGUUCAGCCGUGCGGGCGGCGGCAGGGAUAUGUUCGCUUCGGUUGGUGCGGAUGGCUCGGUGAGGAUGUUCGAUCUCCGCCACCUGGAACACAGCACCAUCAUUUAUGAGGACCCCCAGCACCACCCGUUGCUGCGUCUCUGCUGGAAUAAGCAGGAUCCCAACUACCUUGCUACGAUGGCCAUGGACGGCAUGGAGGUUGUGAUUCUAGAUGUCAGAGUUCCCUGCACACCUGUUGCCAGGUUAAACAACCACCGAGCGUGUGUAAAUGGGAUUGCUUGGGCACCUCAUUCUUCCUGCCACAUCUGUACAGCAGCGGAUGACCAUCAGGCUCUCAUCUGGGAUAUCCAGCAGAUGCCUCGUGCCAUUGAGGACCCGAUCUUGGCCUAUACAGCCGAGGGCGAGAUCAACAAUGUACAGUGGGCAUCCACCCAGCCAGACUGGAUAGCGAUCUGCUACAACAACUGCCUGGAGAUCUUGAGAGUCUAACCUUCCUGCUUCGUGCCACCUCGAGGCAGGGCUGUAUAAUUUCCCUUCCCCUCCUAAAGUAAGAACAACACAAGUGGCCAGUAUCUGUUGUUGCUUUGCAUCUACUGUUACAAGAAACUGUUACGAGAAUCAGUGGCAGGUGUGUCCUGUCUCUCCAAGACUCUAAAAUGCAGAGACGUGCUGAGCCUCUUGGACCUUCUGGGUUCUGGUUUUCUGUUUGUUGUUUUCUUUCCCCUUCAGUUAAAGUUCUGUGUAUUUGUUUGUUGACUGUGUUAAUAAGCUUGCAGGCUUUUAAGUUGCUGCAUAUGUCCGUGUGUUUGUCAGCCAGCUGAGGCAGCACAUCCAAUGAGUUUAAUAGAUGCAAGUGCAAAACAAGGUGGGGGAAAAAAGACAUUGAUGUUAACAGCCACCUUGGCAGGAAUCUUGAUCAUUCCUGUUGUUGUUGCCUCGAAACUGUUUGAACAUUUGUAUGUUUUUUAUAUAUUGGGCUAACUUUCUAUUGAGUAAGGCUUUUCUCCCAAAUUCUUACUUUUGAUAUGUGAUCCACUUCCAUAAGCAGGAUCUAUUCGUUGACACAGAUCACGGUGGCGCGGCAGGCUCCCGGCAGCCAAGGCCUGCCAGAACUAACCGUUGCCUUGCCUCUCUGUACCUGGUUACCUGCGCAGAACUUUCUGGUGCUGUGAAGUACAAAGCACUUGUUGCACAACCUCUUUACACUUUUCUGAUACUAGAGGCAGUCGUUACUACGGUAGGCCUUAUUUUUAACUGAUAACUGAAUUCGCGUGCAUCCUGCAGUUGUGUUAGCUAAUGGAAUGGUCAUAGGUUUUGGAAGGAAGAUACGUGCAUGACUUAAGCUCCCAGGAGGUAAAUGACUCCUGAAAAAUGUGAUUUGUAAUGGACUUGGGACUGGCACUUCCAAUCAAAUGAUUUCCCCUCGGAAGACUUAUUAUCUAAAGCAAAAUAAAAUGGUUUCACACUUUGUAGCUUGCUUGAUUGGCAAAUAACGUGAGCAAGGUUGUUGUGGUUAGCCUGUACCUUGGAGCUUUUUUCGUUCGGCCUGUGUUCCAGGAGUUCUUGAAAGGAGGGCAGAGCAAUCUUUUGUUUUUUACAGAGUGUAUUUGCUUGGUACUGUCAGGUCUUGUUGAACGAGCCAGAUGAGUUGGAAAAGCUGGUCCACUAUCCAAGCGAAGGCUGUUUCUCCGAAACCAAUGAUUCCCUAAUGCACAGCGAUGGGUUUAAAAGGAAAGAAACUGUGCUGUACAGGCUUAGGUUUGGCUCUUGUCAUCCUCGUAUCUUUUGAGGAUGUGCCUGAGGGCUUCUGUUUCUGCAGUGAAUAGUGGAUCGCAGUACAGCAGUGCUUUUCAAUCAGAGCUGAGUGGAUUAGGCACGAUAAAGAUCUUUGAUAACAGCUACUCAAGUGAAUGCUCCGCAGAGCUGGUGAUGAAGACACGACGGGCGUAGCUGGUGUGUGAGGCUGCGCCAGCCGAGCUGCGACUGUCAAACCAUCAGAAGUGUCUCUCCACCUAACGGGCGUUCACCUGCAGCCGGAGGCAGCGUCAUAAACAGCAGGAUGUCGGCAAACUUGGACCUUGUCAGUUUGUGCAGGAAAGUGCAGGCUGGCAGAAGGGAUUGCUGUGGAACGGCAAAGCUGACACCGAAUUCGCUGUCAAUACAGAACAGGAUUGGAAAAGUUCUGUCAUUCUGGACAUACAGAAGUAUUCUUCUCCAGGCUGCUGCUCAGCGUGGGGCUCAGAAAAGCACUGCCUUGUGGAUUUGAUAGGAGUUCAUUGGGGACAGCUUUAUUCUACCACUCCUUUUUAAUACUGGAGAACCAAAAGACUCUUCAACACAGUUCAAGCUUGUGUUUUGUCAGUGACAUUCUGUCUUCAGUUGUGGGAUUUUUGACAGAAAACUUGGUUUGUCUUGAAGGUCAGUUUUUCAUAUUGGCAGCAGUGCUGAGAGCAGCGUGUUCCACGGGCAGGUUUGACCUAACGACACAACGGCGUUAGCCAAACCGUUAGGUUAUCACUUUCUACAGUAGCACUUGGUCUUAAACUGGAAAAUACUUAUGCAAAACAAGGUGAAAAUAAGGAUUUGUUAGCAGAAGCAUAUAACAGCAUUCACAGCUCUAGAUACUUGUAUAAAAAUAUGCACACAGGCUGCGUACUGUUUAAUUACAAACAGCAGGCAUAAUGUGCUGUGUUACUAAGAGGGAACUACCUGUAGUAUUACUGCUUUCUGUAGCCCCCUUUAUGUUUCAGUCUCUUGUAUAGAUGGUGUGAGUAAAGGGUGAGUGCAUCUGUUGCUUAGCAUAAAAACGCAUCUUUUGCAGCUGUAGAAUUGUGCGUUAAAAAAGACAUGAGAUAAUUUAGUUGAAAGUGAAGUCACUAAAAGACUCCACAGGCUGUACUGAAUGGCAGAUGCAGUUUAUUGCCAGAGGAAUACAAUCUGUUACGCUAAGAUGAUGAGAAAGAGCGUGUAUAAAGGGGCUGGUGGUCUGAAUAGCCAGGUUGUUUUGCUGCUGUUGGAAAACAGUCUUGUUAUGAACCUGAAGAGAACCAGUGUCAGCCCUUGCAGCCAAAACACGGCUUCAAGUUCAUCUGUGGGACUGCGAGCUCGUUCCAAACUCCUCAAAGGCAAGCGAAGGAAUCUUAGAGGCUCCAGUGGGUUCUAAAUAAAGCGAUAUCCUGUUUGUUUAGCCAGUUGGGGUAUCUGCUGUAUCUCCAGCAUAUUGCUUUGGGCAUAAUCCAUUCUCAUUCUUCAUAUGAAAUUACAUUUGAAAUCACUAGAGGCUGUUUUGGACCAGGGAAAUGCUACUUAAAAUAGCUGCUUUUCAAAGAAGUCACUUCAAAGGUUAAUGACUGAGAAGACAUGAAAAUCCUCCUGGGUGAGAUGUUCUGUCGUGCAAAUGGCCCUUGCAGAGCGAGGAGGAGGAGAGACCUGGGCGCCCUUUGCCGCGGCGGCGGGGAGCGAACCGCCUGCUUGCUGCCGCCGGUGUAUCCGCCAGGUGGAACAGAACCCCGGGGCUUGUCGCUGUGGCCUGUGAAUCAGAAGAUACUGUUUGCAGCAUUCAGUUCUGUUGGGUGUAAAGCCCUCAGAAGCAGGUUGGUUUUUUUCCAAAGUGUAUGAAAAUGCUUUAUUUGAUCUCAAUUAUCUUGUGCUUACUGCAUGAGCAGAGAGAGCAGAGCAACUGCUGCUAGAUGCCUCGUAUCCCUUGAGUAUAAAGUAGCAUUAAGGGAAAAAUCUCAGCAUCGGUGAGGUUUGCAAAGCAGAAAAUCACAUGCUGUUGGUACAGAUGAGACUGAUUCUGGGGCAGAAAUCUGAAGUAGUUGUGUACCACCACCCGGUUGAUUAAUUUGAGAUGCUUAUGUUCUGUUUAAAUCAAGCUUUCUGUGCUCCGAUUAUGUGGACAACCUAGUGCUAGCACAUGGGCUGUCAACCAGGGGAUCCCGAUCAUGUAGAACUCAUUAGUGAGGUGAAAACCUGCAGCAAAUAGGUUGGAUGUUGGAUUAGGGUGUAGUGUGCCAGCUCUGUUAAUUGUCUAAAUGAAAUGGGCUGCGUUGAGGUCGCAUCUCUGGGAGUUGUACUUCUGUGCGCAGGGAUUUAAAAGGCAAGGAUUUGAGUGCUUUGACAAUCUAGUUAGAAAGAAAACGCAGUGGUUUCAGAGAUUGAUAUGAAAGGAGACUGAUAAUACAGGUUGUUCCUUAUGGAACGCUGAAAUGUACUUAACGGGGGAGGCAUUGUCUCUCAUAAGUCAAAGUUAAUGAUCCUUUCAAAACGUAGCUGUAAUUACUCUCCGGAAUGUUCUGGAUAAUAGUAAAAAGAGCUAUUUUUUGCCUGGUGUUGCAGUGGGAAAGCUGCAUCAGGCCGCGUGCAGAUCGCUGCCUGCCAGAGACAGGUGAGGGGAGGAGUCCCAUCCAUGGCAAUGCGCAGAUGCUCUUGUGCUUGUUUGAAAUGUAAAUGAAGAAAGCGGAGUGUGUCUGUUUUGUUCUCUUGCAGAUGGCACUUUAACGAGUAUAUUUUUGGUAAGAUUAGGGAGAGAGUCAUCUUUUCCUCGGCCCUUUUAUGGUAGGCAUUUGUCCGUGUUUUGUAUAAAACGUUAAAUACACAACAGUCACUGAAAUCCUACACUGGCUGCGUUAUCAGUAUCCAGCGCACCCUCAUCUGUUCCUACUGAGCACCAAAAACGUGAGCGCUUGACAAUACUGUUGGUGUUAAACUGCAGCUCUGAGACCGACACGGUCCUGUGAGACCAACCCAAGUCACGUUGUGCCGCUCGGCACCCAGAGUCCCUUUGCCGUGCUCAGAGCUCGGCCUGUUUGCGGAUGCUCUUUCCCGCUCCCGACCGCAGCGGCAGUGGUGGCAGGUUGGUUGUGCAAAGAUGCAGCUGGAUUCUUUGGGUAACUUAGUUUUGUGAUAGAAAGACGAUGCAGCUCUUGUCUGUGGACGCACACAACCUGAAUUCCUGCUGUUGGUGCUGUUUUAACUCUUUCAGGACAUAGUGAAAGGAAUGAACGGCUGCAGGGGCUCCGAUUGCACAGGUGCAGUUCCAUCGAAGUACCGAAGGGUUUACUUUUCUCACUAGCUUAGCAAAAUGGUCCUACCCCUCAGGUCCACUCUGUUAUCCUGUCACUUAACACACGUUCUCUCUGAUAUUUCCUGUUUUCUACUGUCAGACCAAUAUUGAAGAGCAGGCCUGUAUUUGUUGUACCGCAGCCAUUAAAAGGAGGUGUCCAGAAUCAGUCCUGGAAUGCGCAAGGUACUGUCAACUAUGUUCCCAUUUCUCCUUGUGGAGAAUCCGGGGAAUUAAUUGUAUGUGGCACUUAAAGAGCACUUUUUCCUGCUUAGAGACGCAGCUGUAUUUCCCCUGCUUACCUGAGGAGAGUCAGAUGUCUCCUUCUCGAGGAUAUCGAGAGUUUAGCAUGCACGUGACUUUUUCUUCCUGGGGGAAAGAGAUCUCCAGAACUUCUGAUCAGCACCUUUCACCAGCACUAAAACACAGUAAUUAAAACCACAACUGAAUAGCAGCCCCUGGGUGCUCAGGCGGUGAUCCGUGGCAGGCUGCGGGGGCAGAGGCGCGGCGAGACCUGCUCGCUGCUGCCCGAUACAGGGUGAAAAGGGAUCUCAGUGGCCUUGUGUGCAACCUCUGGUACUCGGCAUCAAGCUAGAACUUCCAUAAUCACAAACAUUUUAAAAAUGAAUUAUCCGUGUGGCUCCCAUCAAGUUGAUUUCUUUUCAGAAGAAUCUAACAAAGUGAAGAAAUAAGCUGUUUCCUGAGAAAAAUAGGGUGGCCGCGAGCAGCCGCGUGUUCAGCUCUCGCCCCUUGGAGUCUGUGUUCCCGUUUGCAAGACUCGAGUCUGGCGGAGGUGAGAUCUGUCCCAGCCGGCCGCAGGCGGAGGAGGCCUGGUGCGGCCGGGCCUGGUGCAGCCGGGCCUGGUGCAGCCGGGCCUGGUGCAGCCGAGGAGCGCCCGUUGCUGCUUUCCCAACCUGGUAAAUAUGAAUUCCGAAGUUACUAUUGAACAGGAACCUUUUUUCGGUUUGAAACCUGGGUUGCUAGCAGCGUAAAAUGUAAUUUAAAUCCAUUUCUGUUACCGGUAGUCAAGUAGGAGACGUUUACUUUUAUGUGUGUUUUCCCUUCUGCUCUUCCCAUUCGCAGUCCCGUUGUGGUAAUUCCUGAAGGUGUAAUCUUUGUAGCAUGAUUGUACAAACAUCCAUAUGAGAUUCCUGACUUCUUGUUCUCACUAAAAUAUGUUAAAGCAAUAGUAGUUUUAUUUCUGUCCUUCUCUUCUCCACCUUCUGUAUUGAGAUUUGCAACUUCGCUACUAUACUGUCCUAGAGGAAUUUUAGUAUCCCGCUUUUCAACAGGCGUGCGUUGUUGACCUGGAUAACUGCAGUGUCCCUAUAUCCGUUAUUUUUAUGGAGAAAAUACAAAAGGUUUUGUUACGAUGGAUUUGAACACCCGAGUCAUGGAACCACAUUGUUGAAACUCUGUAAAUUUUAAGGCAAUUUUCUGAAAUCGCUUGCAAGUGGAAUGUCGCAUCCUUUUAUGCUAUUUCCUGCGUCCUAUGUAGUUUUAUUCAGAUUUUUUAACCUCCUUUCGAAGUUCCAGCCUCCUGUGUAUUAGGUACGGUAUUUUCUGCCUUUCAUACUUUGUAAUAAAAACGGAACAUUUGUAGAUUGA